UUGUGCACCAUUGAAGUUUGCAAGAGUGCGCGAUUAUAGACAUCUUCAACAACCACUUUGAGCGCACUGCUCAUCCCUAGAGCGACCGCCGUCGCAACCAUCCUCGCGGCCGCAAGCUAGAGCCAUGCCGUCGAGCGCAGAUAGCAUGAUUGCUGGCGCAGGGGGCGGCUUUGUCGCCAGCAUCGCGACCUGUCCCUUGGAUGUGAUUAAAACGAGACUUCAGGCUCAGCGGUUCGCUCGUGGGUCGCAGGGAUACUUGGGUGUCCUCGGCACGGUCAAAGCGGUCCUUAGACACGAUGGCAUUCGAGGGCUGUAUCGUGGGCUUGGGCCGACACUUCUGGGCUACCUCCCGACAUGGGCCAUCUACUUUGCGGUGUACGAUGGCAUAAAGGACCAUUUUGGUGAGACACGGUUGGGUGGUUCAACGACUGCAGGACAUGUCUACCCUGCCGCCCAGGUCAAGGGGUAUCAACCCUUGGCGCGGGAGCAUCCUUGGUCGCUACACAUUUUAUCGGCCAUGGCCGCUGGUGCAAGUAGCACGAUAUGCACAAACCCACUAUGGGUCAUCAAGACACGAUUCAUGACUCAACCGUUUGAAGAGCGCAGAUACCGACAUACACUAGACGCUGUCGUGACCAUCUACCGAGCGGAAGGCUGGCGUGCCUUCUUUCGUGGCCUAUUACCAAGUCUUCUAGGGAUUGCACACGUUGCUGUUCAAUUUCCCCUGUACGAGCAACUGAAGGCGAUAGCUCAACAACGUUCACCGUCAGACGUCCUUUCACCACAACAGAUUCUUGGCUGCUCUGCCUUGUCGAAAAUGGUAGCCUCGAUCGCGACAUACCCUCAUGAGGUCGUGCGGACACGGAUGCAAAUUACACAAAGAUUGCUGAGCAAGGAACAAAGUGCGAGCAGCUCUCGCGUGGGUAUCAUUCGAACAGUGAAGAAGAUCAUCACAUAUGAAGGCUGGAGAGGGUUCUACAAGGGCCUGUCUGUGAAUCUUGUGCGGACAGUGCCAAAUAGUGCAGUGACACUACUAACAUACGAGAUGCUCAUGCGCUAUCUCGAGGGGAGAUCGGAGACAUCAUGACACCGCCGGGCAUUGAUUGUCGGGUUUGCGCGUCUGUCACGGCCACGCACGACCAUGGCUCUGCCUUUUGGGUCCGCCUAUCGCACUGUAGCAUAUCCGCACGCUCAUUUAGGUCCUUUCGCUGCUGUCUGUUGUUGCUAUCAUACUAUUGCGCUACUCAUCAGGAGAUAUCAUGUACAGAACUCCAUCACAUGGGCUUGCUUAUCGCCUGGCUCCGUGUACCCGCCGAGUGACGACUUGCAAGUAGUUCUCCCGACUCGACGCGUCAUGCAUAUCAUGCCCUGAAGUUGUGUGCCUCGCUCCCCUCAAGCAGCUCGU